AUGGCUGCUGGAAAAUACGACUAUGUUAACAACAUCACUCCUGGCAAGGAAUCCUGGGGCAUUGUUGUUCGAGUUGUUCGUUUAUGGUUUGUACCAGAUAUGAAUUCCAAACAAAAUUUAUAUGCAAUGGAAAUGGUUUUGAUGGAUGAACAUGUUGUUUUUGUUGGCGACAAGAUUCAGGUUUCAGUUAGGAAAGCCCUAUUGUCACGAUUUCAAUCUAAGCUAUGCGAUGGAGCUGUGUAUAAUUUGAAAUCCUUUGGUGUCGCCGCUAAUUCUGGAGCUUAUAUGACUACAAAACACAAGUUCAAGUUGAAUUUGCAGAGUGGGACGGUUGUUACAAAAGUUGAAACUGAUCUGAUAACGACCUCUCCUUAUAUUUAG